AUGGAAAACCUAACUAAGGAUCAAGGAGGGGAAGGUCAAUCUUCAAGCAACAAAAAGAUCAAAAGCCCUUAUACUUUUGAAGUUCAUGAUUUUCAUAUCUCUCAAACUAUAGGGAAUGACGACAAGGAGAAAAAGCUAAUUCCACCAAUGUUUGUCAAGCACAUGGGAAAGUUGUUAGGUGAGAUUGCAACCUUGAGACUACCGUUAGGUAAACAAUGGAGGGUUCACAUACGUACAGAGAGAGAUGGCACAUUUUUUAGCGAAGGUUGGGAGACAUUUUAUAAAGACAAUGAUCUUUACAUUGGUCAAGUUGUAUUCUAUACACAUGUUGGAGGCAUGCACUUUGAUGUUAAAAUUUUUAACAAAAAUGGACGGGAGAAGAUGUGGGACUCUGAUGUUAUUCAAAAGUCUAAUGAACAAAGCGAUAUUGACGAUAAUCCUUCAACCACUGCAGCACAUGCUGAAAGCGCUAUCAUACCAUGA